CGGGUGUGACGCCAUAGCAAAUAGCCUGUGGUUGUCCCCCUUCACGCCUACCACGAGGAAGGAAGCUUGUGGGCGGGGCUUAUCGAUCGGGACUGGAUCCGCGUAUGCGGGUGUACACACCGUAACAUGUCGGAGGGAACACAAUUUUGAACAAAGGAGCUCAAGCGGGAUGUUGUUCAAGGAGAGCAUUUUGUUUAUUGAACGAACUGUUUUAUAGGAUUCGGUUCAGACGAUGCAACGAUUACCGCGCAUAGUCGCUGUGAGUGGUAUAUUGUUGUGUGGAAUGGUUGUGCUGUACUGCAGCGUGGCAGGGCAGGAUCCAGUGUGGCUGAUGCCGCUUCAAGCUUCCCCUGUGAACUACACAAUCGACAGUCUGUCGGAUACAGACCUAGCAUCGCUCAGGGCAGACAAUGACAUCAAUGAUGGCCCAUACUACAAAUUGGUUGUCAAUGCUUCUACGAAAUUUCCAUAUUUCUACAAGCCAAUUUCAUUUCACUCCACCGAAAAGUACAGACAGAAGGUUUCCUUCAACGUGAAUUUCGAAAAUGCACACCAGACAGCACAUGAAAACCAAUCAAAGAUGAUACUGUUUUAUAACGCGCCGAAAUGGUUUAAUUUCAGGGAUUUUUGUCCACGAGGUUUACAAAAGUGUCCACAGAAAGGCUGCGAAUGUUCAUACGAUCCCGCGCAGAUUGCAAAAGCAGAUGCUGUGAUCAUCGAUGUCGUUGAACUAGACAACAUUCCACCUGCCAAACAAGCUAAGCAUGUGUGGAUCAUGUUUGGCCUAGAGUGUCCAAAAUAUUUUCAAAGUCAAUACUACGAAUCCAGUCGAUGGCGCCGCAUGUUCAACUGGACUAUGACUUAUCGGCUGGACUCGGAUAUUGCCUUGCCUUACAGUGUUCUUUUUCGCAAGGCACCACAAAAAUCAGCUAAUUUCACUAAAAUCGCUUUGAAAAAAACUAAGUCAAUUCUUUGGUUUGUAAGUAACUGCAAGACGCCCUCUAGGCGUGAAGACUACGUCACCGAAUUACGCAAGCAUAUACCAGUGGACAUAUAUGGGAAAUGUGGUCCCUCGCAGUGUACUCGUGACAGCGAUUGCCAGCAUUCAUCUUUCAAUGAAUAUAGAUUCUAUUUAGCGUUUGAAAAUUCUUUGUGCAUCGACUACAUCUCUGAAAAGUUGUAUAAAACCUAUUCUCACAACAUUGUUCCUGUCGUUCGUGGAGGAGCUGACUAUAAUUCCCUGAUACCAAAAGGAACGUACAUUAACGCAGCAGACUUUUCCAGUCCAAAAGAGCUGGGUAAAUAUCUUAAUUAUCUGGAAACAAAUGCUACAGCUUAUGGUGAGAUCCUGGAAGAGAAAUCCAGAUAUAGAAAUGACAACCACGAAGCAGAUGAAUCUGCAUUCUGUGAUAUUUGUGUGAAGCUUCAUAAUCUGGAUAAAUAUUACCAAUACUAUUAUGAUAAUGUCCGCUGGCUCAACGAAGGCACAUGUCACAAUCCCAACGACGUUUAAUUAGAUUUGUUUAGAGUUUAUCAUAUUUGAAAGAGGAGUUGAUAUUCCUGACAAUUGUACGCCUUCUCCAGGCAAGGGACUUCACUGACUAUAAAAGUCCAGUUUCCAGCCUUGUGGAACUGGGCUGGAAUUAAGGAGUUAUAUUUUGGCUGGACUAACGAGUUUGAUAAUAGUCCAAUAAAAAUUCGUAAACUGCUGUGCAGAUUUUGGUCGAUUGCAAGAUUUGCAUGCAUGUGUAACGCCAACGAAGUGUCAACAGAUAUUUUCAAAAUCCUUUCAUGUUUUUAAUCAAGAUACUCACAUGAUUUGCUGCGCUUCUCGAAGAAAGACCCAUCUUAUUACUAUGUAGAUUUUGAAUAUCAAUCAUAUCGUCUUGACUUGGCACCGCCAUUUGAUAUGAGAGGUGAAUGUGAUUGGUCAAUAGGAGGGACGAAGAGGGGACAUAACUCUGAUUGUUACUGGUGGCGCUACGAUCGAGCCCAGAAAUUCCAACCAAGGUUGGAAACUGGACUUUUACAUUCAGUUUACUCCAUUGCCUCGGGAAGAUGACAAUUGUAUUAAUAUAAAUGACAUGCAUUAUGCAUUCUGGUUUAUGCAUUAUGAUUUAUCCACUGCUGAUUUGUCCACUAUUGGCUGCCCAAACCCUGCCAUCUUCUACUUUAAACAGGCACUGCUCCUGUUUUGGCAUGCACAACUUCCGGCUUUCCUCCAACAAAAAUCUGACAAGCCGUGAUAUAACUGAAUUCAUUUACAGCAGCGUUAAACUCAACUACCUCACUCACUCUGACGUUUAUGUUUCUGAAACUUUAGUUACUUAUCCACAAUGACGGGCAAACGAAGGUUGUUUCAAGUGUAUCCUUCCUUUGCCCGGCAGUUAACAUAUGAACAAAUAAUACAUUUAAAUCUGUUCACAAUUUGGUAUAUUUGAUGUUUCUUUGUGUGAGGUUGAAUCGAGACUGUAUGUCAUUUAAUAUUAUAUUUAUCACGUGUGUAUGUUUCCUGUUGAAGUUAGAAUAUAAUAAAAUAUUGUCUACCUCUGUCUAACUGAGGUCACUAAACAAA